GGAGGCGGUUUCCGGCGGGGCGCUUGGCGGCAUGGCGAGGUGGCGGCGGCGGCGGCAGUUCCUGGAGGCGGCGGCGCGGGGACUGGCGGGCGCCUGCCCGGGCCAGGCCCGGUUCCUGCUGUGGACGUUGAGCUCCGGCCAAGAUGGUGAAUUGCGAAAAGAAAGGAUAUGUCCUUACUGUUUCCAGUUCCUGGUUCCUGAUAACCACCGUGUGCGUCUCAAACCAAAGAUGAAAAUGACUCCACAGAUAGAGAAGAUUCUGAAACAAGAGGCAAAGAACCGUAAACUCAAUAUGAAACAGACAAAGCUCUUGAAAAAGUACAGGGACUCAAGGAGUGUUUUGCUGGUUACUUGCAACUCAUGCAACAAAACAACAAGACAUGAUGGUAAAAGCAGAGAUUUUCUGGCUACUAUGACACACCAUUCCGGUACUCCAACCAUUAAAUCUGGCCUUAAGACACCAGAUCGAAAAAUUCCAUCUGCAAACAAAAUGACACCUGCAAGCUGCAGCAGGUCUGGAUCUAAAGGAAGGAGUCCAUCAUCACUCUCCAGAACAUGUGUACCCGGACAGGCGACAACCAACUCCUUCUCCAAGACUCCCAGAAACUCCAAAUUUCACUUUUCUAAGCUAAAAUGGAUGCUUAAUCUAGAAGAAAAAGAGAAAAGCCAGAAGGCAGAUUUGAAAACCUUCUUAACUUUACUUUAGUUAUUCAUUAUUGCAAAAUAAAAGUUACAGCAAUAAGUAUUUUUGCAGUUGUAAAUCAAAAAAAUUACUGAUUUCUUUAAAACUCAAGCUAAUGGUAUUUAUUGUAUAAGAACAGACCAUGUUCUUUAGAAGCAAGCUCUGUUUCUGUGGAGUCUGACUGUCUGCAAGGGGAAAAUAACUGGUCCAUUACGCUUGGGAAUCUUGAACAUGUUUUGCAGUCUCUGAUGACCCAAUAAUUAAAAGUCAGAAUCUGUUCUUUGAAGAAGCAGACAGUACUGGGCCUAUUAGCAUACCAGUUUCCACCACCUCCCUCCCGUAUUUUUAAGAUAAUAUAUCACAAUAGAACUUAAAAGAUCUCAUCCUUGCUUCCCAUGUUUGAGUUAACCAUAGACACUUUGGCUGGCACAUUUCGCAGGUGCAAUAUGUUCAAGAGGUCUGCCUUACUGUCCUGUAGUGUUGCUUUCUUUUGACACUUGUGGUAAUUUAAAUGUUAUUACACAGUCUUUACAAAGGUAACAAAAUAACUUACUCUUUAAGAUAGCACUCAUGCAAAGAGAGAGAAAACAGUAUAUCAUCCAGAUUAAGUUUCUUCAUUGUUUUAAGAAUGUUCUUUGUGAUUUGGACUGCAGUUGCUGCUGUUCCCCAGAAAACACAGAAUCUGGUGCGACUGCACACUGUAAUGCAGGAAGCUCUGAAUACCUACCAGGAGUUUCACACUAGACUACUAUCAGUACCCCCAUUUCAUUACUUCUGUCAGCAGCAGCACAACCAUAAAGUAUUUGAUUGCUCUUGUAUUACCAAAGUGAGUCAGUUUCUUUCAAAAAAUGGCUGAGGAGAGAACCUCUUUUUGAAACAUCUUUCAGUUUUGAUUGGCAGCAGACUUCAUAGUUCCUUCCUUCCUGGAGUUAAGUCUGGAAAAGUAGAUUUGCUCUGGACAGUUGCCAUCUCCUUGCACCAGAACAUUUUGAUGUGAAUAGAAGCAGUCAAGAUGAAAGUGGUCUUCCACUGUCAGAUUUUACAUUUUCAGUUCAGCACAGGAGGUGAAAAAGUAUAAUAGAAAACCAAAAUGAAGGAUGGCGCUUACAGCCUGCUCUGCAUAUAGUUGCAAUGGCGUUUUUGCAAAUCAUGCUUCAGACUUCUCCUUUUGAAAGAGAAUCAACCAAAUGAAAAUAUUUGAUUUUUUGGUUUCAAAGUUCUGCAUUGCCCAUUUUAUAUUUUAAUAAUUAGAUCCCUUUAAGUGCAUUCAGAUUCAAUAUACACCAGUUAAGAAAUAGGACCAACAAAUAAGUUGGUAGACUUGAAAGCAGUUGGGUGGGGAGUAAAGGUUGUUGCAAAUUCUACUUACCAUCUCAAAGACUGGCAUGUAAUCUUAUAUCUACCAGCCAUACAUAGAACAGUUUUGAAAGGUUUACAUCAGGUUGUUUCUUAUGUACAUGUAGGAUCAAAUUAACUGCCAUUCUAGGAUCAAAAUGUGGACCUUGAAGUUGCACCUUUUCUGAUGUAGAACUUGGUAUUGAUUGAUCUAUUCUUACUAAGUAAGUUUGUGAUCCAGUAUUCUGAGAAAAUACUUCAGUCUUGUUCAUGGAGAAUGUAUAUUAUGAAAAUGUUUGAAAAAUGUUAUAAUAAAUUUUUAUAUUAGAA